AGGUAUUUCAUUGUCACUCGUCUUGGCGCUCUCGAACGUCGUCCGGUACCGUCGCCAAUUCGAGAAUAUUAUAACACCGACGACGACGACGACGACGACGGCGGCGAAGACAACAACGACUGUUUCAGUAUAGUACAUUUAUUAUUAUAAUAUAUAUAUUUUUCAAACAUUCGAACGAUCUUUUGUCCACGUUCGGGUUAACCGCCAAACCUAUAAGUAUUGCAAUUACAACGAAGGUGAUCAAAAAAAAAAAAAAACCGUUAGUCGCACGUUUUUUUCAAACGACGCUCAAAACAUAUUAUCUGUGUGGUGACCGGCUCGUGUUGUAACACACGAUGACGACGGAAACCGCCAAAUCGGUGUUCGCCGUCGAGGGACACCCGUGUUUCAAAUACAAGCUCAAUGAUCCAAAGGCAUUUUGGAACGGUGCUGGUGCCGGUGUCGGAAUCGCCGGCAACCACCAAGUACUGCAGGCCACCGCGUCCACCGAACGAUUUUGGGAAGAAGAACCGGAGGAGAAAAUUAAGCGGAAAGUGCAAGAUGCUAAGAUCAAAUUCCACAAGGACAGACAGCUACAGGUCAAGCACUUGCCCAGAAACGUUAGCGAAGAGGAAAUCAGAAAACUCUUAAUCGAAUUUCCCGUUGAAAGCAUUCACAUAAGCACAACAUCCGGCAGCAGUAUGGCCCGAGUGACGCUGGAAGAUCCAGAAUUGAGGAUGGAAGAAUGGGAUUUUCAUAAGCAGUUUGUGUUAAGAGGACAACGCAUACCAGUAUCCCCGACACCUACUGAAAUGCUCUUGUGCGUGGCAAGGUUGCCGUACAACUAUACGGAGGACCAAUUCACCCGAUUAGUGCAAAUGUACGGUGAGGUGCGCAAGACGUUCCUGAUAAUCAGUGAGAAAACCGGUGAGAGCAAGGGUUAUGGAUUUGUCGAGUAUUUAAACAAAGAGUGCGCGAUUACGGCCAAAUGCGGUCUGGACGGCAAAACGAUUGACGACUCGACACUGGUAUGUGAUUGGUUGGAUGGAAGUCACAUCACGUAUGAGUCGCUACACUCUAAAUGCCUUUACGUGGACAACUUGCCAAAGUCAUUCAGAGACAUGAGUGAAUUCCGGAAAGUGUUCGCCAAAGUCGUGAACCCGCCAUAUUGCCAGAUUGCACUUAAAAAUGGUUGUCCGUUAGACUGGGGUCUAGUCGAGUAUAACACAGCUGAAGAUGCAGAACGAGCGCAAUCGGAAUUGAAUGGACAUACAUUGAGAGGCCAUAAUAUUCGCAUUACGUACUAUAUACCCGGAGUCAGAGCUAUUAAUUUGUUCUUGAAAUUGUUAAAUGAGCCGGUAAUGAGUAAAUCUAAAUGUGGUGGACUCUUACCAGACCCUCCUCAAGAAGUCAUCGAGCAAUCGUUGCAAAACCUCUCCAAACAGAAUCCAAUUUUUGCACAAAAUCUUCAAAAUAUUAUUUUUAAUCAAAUCAAAGCUGCUCAGAUGGGGUCUGAAUUGCAAGAUUUUAAUGAUACAACUAUAAGAUCACAUUUAUCAAACAACAAAGCUCCACCAACUAUGUUGCAUUCUCCCACAAGCUUACCUUACAUAGGUGCUACUCCAGAGACUUAUGGAACAAGGUUAUUGCCUAGCCCCCCUGUUGGAGAAGUUCCGCCACAUUUAAAUUCUGGAUUAUUCGAUGGAGAUUUAACCAAUCCAAUACUGGCUAAUUAUUAUAGAGACCUAUUAACUGCUCAAAUUUUAGCUGGAACACAAAAGGCUAAUGGAUUUGGAGGUUUAACUGCUAACCUUAAUCCUGCGUUUGUUGAUACUGUACAACAAACUACAAAUAACAAUAAUAGUUUAAAUCAAAUUGAUGCCGUACAAAAAGUUUAUCAAAACCAAAAUUUACAAAGUAUUGGUCAACAAUUAGCUCAACAAAUAGCUCAGCAACAGAUGAAUCAACAACAAAUUAAUCAACAGUUAGUUCAUCAACAACAACAACAUAGCAAUAUUGGUCAACAUAACAUAAGUCAACAACAAAAUGUUGUUAUUAAUAUUUAUGGAGGUGUUAAUACUACUACACCUCCAGCUACACCAACUCCAACUACACCUACUUAUCCGUUUGGCUCAUCAUUAUCUCUCAACUUAGACCAACCGUGGCCAAAAAAUACUCAGACGUCAACAGCUGAUUCAUAUCUAGCCAGUCCCAUUGCUGUACCUGAAAAAUCAUCUCUAAGUUACUCUCCAUCAUCUACAUGGUCUUCUAUGCAGAGCAUCGCUUCGACUCCAUCGCCACAAUCUAUGUAUUCUCCUUUAGCCCCAAAUAUUUGGACGCCGACUUCGUCAACAUCAUCGCUGUCAAAUCAACAUGAAACAGCUCGUGGUCAAAAAAGAGGCAUUCCUCCAUCUCCUGAACUUAGUCCUGAAGGUAUGUAUAUUGGACAGCAUUCUCAAGGAAUUGGUGGCCACUAUGCUGAUUCUUAUUUGAAACGUAAUAAGAAAAAUUAAACUCUGUUCCAAACUUAACUUUCUAUGUUUUAUCUAAAACGUACAUAAUUCUUAUGUUAAUUUCAUAAUCCAGGACUCAAUAAUUAUUUCGUAUUUUGUAUUUUUAUUUUAAUAUUAGAUUUAAUUAUUAACAAAAAAACAAUUAUAGAUUCGCUUCUGUUUGAAUUUUAUGAGAGCAUAAUGCCAACUCUUAAUGUGAAAAAAAAACAAAACCUUAAUUUGCACGUAUGCAACUUUUCUAUUUCUGUUUUCUUUAUAAUAUCUACAUAUUUAUUUCAAUUGAUU